UCCACCCAGAAAAAAAAAAAAAAAAAAAAGAAAAAGACAGCACCGUCGGUAGGAGCAAUUGAAGAAAUUUCUUAGAAGAGAGAGAGAGAGAGAGAGAAAGAGAGCGAAGGAGAGAGAAGGUGUGGAAGCGCAGAAACUUACUGGUUGAUCUGUUCCAUCGCAGCCACCUCGUCUUCCUCCCUGCAACGAUUCAAAAUUCAAACCCUAAAUUAAAAUUCAAUCUCACUGAGUAAUCGAGUCUCUCAGCCAUGUCUCUGAACAUGAAAACCCUAACACAAGCUUUGGCGAAGACCGCAGCUGUGAUCGAGAAGACGGUUCAGACGACUGUGCAAGAGGUCACCGGUCCAAAGGCCCUUCAAGACUAUGAUCUCCUGGAACAAAUCGGAUCCGGAGGUCCUGGCCUCGUAUGGAAGCUCUACUCUGCAAAAUCCCGUGGAUCUACUCCUGCGCAGUACCCGAUAGUCUGUGUUUGGCUUCUUGACAAGCGUGCACUCUCCGAGGCUAGGGUACGUGCAGGUCUCUCGAAGGCAGCUGAAGACUCUUUCUUUGAUAUAAUUCGUGCCGAUGCUGCUCGUUUGGUUCGGCUUCGGCACCCCGGAGUUGUUCAUGUGGUUCAGGCUUUGGAUGAGACCAAGAACGCAAUGGCGAUGGUCACAGAACCGCUCUUUGCUUCGGUUGCUAAUACUCUUGGUGCUGUUGAUAAUAUUGCCAAGGUGCCCAAAGAGCUUAAAGGCAUGGAAAUGGGAUUGUUGGAGGUGAAACAUGGUUUGCUCCAGGUUGCUGAAUCCCUGGAUUUUCUCCAUAACAAUGCACGUCUCAUUCAUCGGGCUAUAUCACCUGAGACUGUGUUUAUUACGUCUAGUGGAGCUUGGAAACUUGGUGGAUUUGCCUUCGCUAUCUCUACAGAUCAGACAUCAAGUGACCUGACUAAUUUGCAGCCUUUCCAUUAUGCGGUGAGGUUUUUUCCUCCCCCUCUCUGUUUAGCUUGCAUAAAAAGAAGCUGUUUUCCAUUUGAUUUCACCCAUGUCUUCCUUUCCUUGUUUUCUUAUUUGAUAUAAAAUUGAUGCUGUAACAACUUGCCAUAGCUACAGUCAUUGAAUUGGGAAUUCCACCUUCUUGAUUAUUGAGGUGAAUUAACUACCACCUCUUGAUCUUAGGGUUGCAUCUUUUGUGUUCCUCUGCUGUAUCCUUAUCUUCCGAUUUUUAUUUUAUAAAGAUGGCAUGUUGAAAGACUACCGCUUCGUGAAUUUAUGUUGCAAAUCAUGAGCCCCCUUAACACCCCCUCCUGGAAGAAAGUG